AUUGAAAUAUAUGGUAGAUACUCCUUUAAUGGAAAUUGCAGUUGGUGUCUACGAAAACGCUUUUUAUUAGGCAUAUGGAUAUGGUACUAUGUAUUUUUUUUUAAUAUCAAAUUUGCCCUCCGUAGCCGGUCACGCUUAGGUUCUGACACAAGCAUUUCUUUGUUUUAAACACGCAAAGGCAUUUAUGGUGAGAAGACGUGAAAUGUUAGCUUUUAGUGCUUUCAAUGUUCUGCAAAGAACCAGAAAGUUUCUUUUAUUAUUUAUCGUUGUUGAUCUAUCACAUUCUCCACCGUCUCUUCAUUUUGCUAACAAAGAGCGAAGUUAUCUGUAAAUCGAUCUAAUGGGUUCACGGAGUGGAGAACUUCCUGGCAACGGAUCAGAAGGUUUGGAGAUGGAGUUGCUGAAUAUGAUGUUCGCCGACGGCGAAGAACCAGUGGGAGUCAGAGUGUUAACGUAUCAGUCAUCUUGGUCCAUCAAUAGCAUCCUCAACGCCCUUCACGAAGAUGAGAUCCAAUAUUUACGCUCAAGUCCUUUCGGUAAGAUUGUUGAAAUUGCGGAGAAACCAGCUUUUUCUAGGAGAUUCGCGAGAUUUAUGCUUUCUAGGCAGUUAAAAGUUGAAAAAAUCCACGAGGCUUGGUUUCGGUUUGCUGGGAAACCGAUCCGAUUUUCCUUUCGAGAAUUUACUAUUGUGACUGGUCUUCCUUGUGGCGAAAUACCUCCUAAACCGAAGAUGAAGAAGAAGCGAACAGUUAAAGAGAAACUCUAUUGGGUCGAUCUUUUUGGUUAUGUCGAAGAUUUGAGCGUAUCAAGAGCUCUGAAGAUGCUGCGAAAAAAUACUGUUACUGAUAAAGAUAUCUGGAUCAAAGUUGCUUGUCUCGCAAUUGUCUCCUCGGUUUUGCUUUCGACAAAUUUGAAGAUGAAGAUGCUCAAAGAACAUGCAGAGCAAUUGGGAGAUAUGGAAGAGUUUUUCGCUUUUCCCUGGGGUCGUUUGGCAUUAGACAUGCUUAUGAGUAGUAUAAAGAAAAGAGAUGAUAUUUCACUCUCUCAAAAUACCAUAGCCCUUAAAGGUUUCGCUCUAGCUCUUCAGCUUGUGAUUGUUGAAGCUGUUCCUUUAUUGACGGAGGUCGUUCAAGAAGCAUGUUCAUCCUCUGACUCCGACAGCGGUGAUGAAGAGAUUGAUGGUAUGAAACAUAAGCUGAAGAAGUAGACGUUGAGUCCUGGGCAUGCUCGUGAAGUAGACAAAAAGUGUGAUGUUGUUGUGAGGAGUAUUAUUCCAGAGGAUCCGGCACGCCCCAUUGAUGAGUCCGUUUUUCAAUGGGCGGAUGAAGUUUAUGAUCGUAAAGUGGAAAAUCUGCUGAAACUCAUUUCUCAGAAUCAUGUGUUUAGAAAGGAGAUGUUCAGAGGAGGAGCUACGACAUUAGAUGUUCAGAGGAUGCGUGAGAAACCAAAAGUUCAGGGGAGAAAGAAGCGCACUAUCGUGAAGGGUAAAUCCUCUUCCCUUGCUGAUGAUUCAAGAAUUAUAGCCGUUGUUAGUGCGUUGUUGAAACCAGAGUAAGAGAGGGUAGAUGGUAAUGUGGCAUCGGCUCUUGCAUCUGUGCGAGAGGUUUCUUCCUCAGCACUUUCCUACCAAGCCAGUGUUGUUUUAACGGUGGAGGUAAUGCUGAAGGCUUUUAAAGAGGAGAUCUUGAAAUCGGUUCGGAUUGCGAAUAGAAAACUUUGUGUUGCAACGGAACCCACCACUCCGCCCCCUGUGACCACAAGCAAGGGACUGACGCCUGCAAAUCCCCCGGUAGGUGGUCUCGAUGCUAAUGAUGCAACUAUAUUAAAUGUGUUGGAAAAUAUUAGCCAUUACUCCACCCCGCCAGGGUCUGCGGAUCGUGUGACUAUCUCAUAACGUGAGACGGGAUUUGGCUCCUUCUCCACGUCUGGAUGCUGGAAACAAUGGUGUAUCUGCAUUUUCGGCGAAUAGCAAGACUAAUGAGCAGAAUGAACCAGGGGGUAGUCCGUCUUUUUCUCUGGGCUUGACUCAAGAUCAACCUUCUCCUGUUCCUGUGGUAGAUGAUGAGAUGGGUGACAAUGGAGAUGGAGAUAAAGCUGAGACAGUUGCUGAGCCGAUGCCUCGUCGCACAAGCAAGAGGCUAAGACUUGUGCCUCCUCCAUUGAUAAGUGAUUAUCAGUGCCCGACCGCUAUUCUCAACCGUGCACGUGAAAGCAAAAUGCUUGGUUCCAACUAUUACGAGCUGCCGGUUAUUCGGGAGAAGUUUGCUAAACUAGCCAUCAUACUGAAGAAAUCAUAUGUGAUAAAUGUUGCUGGCCUGUCCGUCACUGCGAAGGACAUUACUGAUAUUGCUGAAAGGAUUCGACCUUUGCCGGCAAAGGUUUUUGAUAUUCUUAUGAGGCUGGUGAGAUCAAUAUGCUACAACCAUGUGGGUUGUAGUGGCGCCACAAAACCUGAGUUCCUCGAUAGUAGGUUUGUCUCGAUGCUGUGUAAGAAUUACGAGAGGUUAAAAAAAUCAAAGGCGAAAGAUUCAUAUGUGUUCCCUAAAGGUUUGGUUGACUGUGCGGUUAAGUGUUGCAGUUCUGGGAAUGCGUCUACACGCUUCUACAUGCCGCUACAUGUUGCGAAGAAGCAUUGGAUUGGUUUGUGUGUGGAUUCUACUGACGCGAAGAUAUAUGUUUUGGAUUGCAAUCCAUCGGUCUGUGGUGAUUCUGAGUUGACACGGGAGCUUCUUCCUAUCUCCGACAUGUUUCCAUAUCUGUUGAAGUUUUCUGGUCUUCUAGAGGUGCCUGGAAAUAGUCCGCUGGGUCAAGAAAGAGUCAAAGGUCUGGCCCAAAAUAACAACUCAACCGACGCUGCGCUGACAGCUGCAUUGCUUAUUCAGGCACAUGCUUUGUUUGGAGUAGAAAUAUGUAGGUGUAUCACUCCAGAAGUUAUUACAGACGAGGCACAGCGGGCAGCAGUAAUGAUCUACGAGUUCCACGAGAAGCUUUAGUCAAAUUCUUGCAAUGGCAUGGUUUUUUAGUUCAGCGUCCCUAAACGUUUUUGCCCAUUUCUGGUUUGCUUUAUGUUCUUGCGUUUUAUUUUUCAUCGGCCAAACAUUGUUAGUUUUUUCCUUGCAUGGGAACCUCAUAUAACAUAGUCCAUAACCAUUAUGUUGCAAUGCAGUGUUUUCUCGGUUCGCAAACAUUAAGUAUGUCAUUCUUCUUGAAUGGUCAUUUUCCGAUUU